AUGUCUCCCCCCGCCAUCAUCGCGCCCUCCAUUCUGAGCGCAGACUUCGCGCAGCUCGGUCAAGAAUGCGCAACCACCAUGGACCGCGGAGCCGACUGGCUUCACGUCGAUAUCAUGGACGGCCAUUUCGUGCCCAACAUGACCUUUGGCGCGCCCGUCGUGACCAAGAUUCGCUCGCAUGUCGCAAAGCCAGCUACACCGGGAGAGCGGGGUACCUUUGAUUGCCACAUGAUGAUUGCAGAGCCUCAAAAAUGGGUCUCCGAAUUCAAAAACGCCGGCUGCGAUCUCUACUGCUUCCACUACGAAGCCGCCGUCUCCUCAACCGCCGCCAAAGAGCCCGCCGACUCUCAAACCACACGAAACACCUCGCCGCGCGAGCUGAUCCGCUACAUCCAUGAGCAAGGCAUGAAAGCCGGCAUUGCAAUCAAACCAGACACCAAAGUCGACGUAUUAUGGGACAUUCUCGAGAAUAAGGAAGAGAUCGAACGACCUGAUAUGGUCCUCGUAAUGACCGUUCACCCGGGCUUUGGCGGACAAAAGUUCAUGGCCUCCGAGCUCCCCAAAGUAACUGCCCUGCGCCAGAGGUAUCCGGACUUGAACAUCGAGGUCGAUGGCGGACUGGGCUUGGGCACUAUUGAUCAGGCAGCCGACGCGGGGGCGAAUGUGAUUGUUGCUGGAUCAGCUGUCUUUGGCGCUCAGGAUCCCGGCGAGGUUAUUAGUAAACUGCGUGCGGCCGUUGAGCAGAGGCGAAAGUAG